GAAAUCAUAUAUUUAUGGAAUAUUAAAUGCUAGUAUAAAUUUAAUAUAACAAAAAAUAAAAAACCAAGAAGAAUGCAAAAGAGUAUAAUGAUGAAAGGUCCUACUUUACGCAGAAACCCCCCGUGUGCCCACUCUCCCCCUCUCCAUUAAUACUCUCUCUUUUCCAUCUCUCUACCAUCAUCAUCAUCAUCAUCAUCCUAUUAGUCAUCAUCAAUGGCUUUCUCCUUCUCCUCCACCGCCUUACUCCUCCUCCUCUCCUCCAUCACCGCCGGUUUCCUCCUCCUACUCCGCCGCACGCGUUACCGGCGCAUGGGACUUCCUCCGGGAAGUCUCGGUCUUCCUCUCAUAGGCGAGACUCUGCAGCUGAUCGCAGCUUACAAGACGGAGAACCCUGAGCCUUUCGUAGACGCAAGAGUUGCCCGGUACGGUUCGGUAUUCAUGACGCAUAUAUUUGGUGAACCGACGGUUUUCUCAGCUGACCCGGAAACGAACCGGUUUGUUCUUCAGAACGAAGGGAAGCUUUUCGAGUGCUCUUACCCAGCUUCUAUAUGUAACCUCUUGGGGAAACACUCUUUGCUUCUCAUGAAAGGCUCUUUGCAUAAACGUAUGCACUCUCUCACCAUGAGCUUCGCUAACUCUUCGAUCAUCAAAGAUCAUCUCAUGCUUGAUAUUGACCGGUUAGUCCGGUUUAAUCUUGAUUCUUGGUCCUCUCGUGUUCUCCUUAUGGAAGAAGCCAAAAAGAUAACGUUUGAGCUAACGGUGAAGCAGCUGAUGAGCUUUGAUCCAGGGGAGUGGAGUGAGAGUUUAAGGAAAGAGUAUCUUCUUGUCAUCGAAGGCUUCUUCUCAAUACCUCUCCCUCUCUUCUCCACUACUUACCGCAAAGCCAUCAAGGCGCGGACGAAGGUGGCGGAGGCGUUGACGGUGGUGGUGAUGAAGAGAAGGGAGGAAGAGGAAGAAGGAGAGGAGAGAAAGAAAGAUAUGCUCGCGGCGUUGCUUGCGGCGGAAGAAAGAUUUUCCGAUGAAGAGAUUGUUGACUUCUUGGUGGCUUUACUCGUGGCUGGUUAUGAAACAACGUCUACGAUCAUGACUCUCGCCGUUAAGUUUCUCACCGAAACUCCUUCAGCUCUUGCUCAGCUCAAGGAAGAGCAUGAAAACAUUAGGGCAAUGAAGAGUGAUUCGUAUAGUCUUGAGUGGAGUGAUUACAAGUCAAUGCCAUUCACACAAUGUGUGGUUAGCGAAACUCUGCGAGUGGCUAACAUCAUUGGUGGUGUUUUCAGACGGGCAACAACGGAUGUCGAGAUCAAAGGCUAUAAGAUUCCGAAAGGGUGGAAGGUUUUCGCAUCGUUUAGAGCGGUUCAUUUAGACCCAAACCACUUCAAAGACGCUCGUACUUUCAACCCUUGGAGAUGGCAGGGAAACUCGGUAACAACAUGCCCUUCUAAUGUGUUCACACCGUUUGGUGGAGGACCAAGGCUAUGUCCUGGUUACGAGCUGGCUAGGGUUGCACUCUCUGUUUUCCUUCACCGCCUAGUGACCGGCUUCAGUUGGGUUCCUGCAGAGAAAGACAAGCUGGUGUUCUUUCCAACUACAAGAACACAAAAACGGUACCCGAUCAUCGUGACACGUCGUGAUGAUGGUGGCUUAUCCGCUACUUGAAGAUGAAGAAGAGACCAGAAGAUAUUAUUUAUAGAAUAUCAGCAUUUUUCAGAAUUAACUUUCUUCUUUUUGCUCCUUUCUGGUCUUAGAGUUGUGAGUUGUGACAAUAAAAGUACCACCAUUACUUUAUAAAGCCUUUUAGUUCUGUAUAUAUAAAAUUACUUUUGUUUACC